CAAUUCAUUCGAGCUAGCAACGCGUUAUGAGCGAUAGUUGUGGAAAUAAUUGUGCAAGUUUUGUUAAUUGCAGGCGGUUUCCAGCAAUCUUGUGUUAAAAAAAAAAAUAACUAUUGCAAAAUAAUUACUGCAGUGUUCAUAUAACAAAUAAAAAAUUAAAUAAAGCUAUACUGAAGAGUUUAGCUAAAAAUAAUUAAAAUAUUUACAAUAAUUCAAUAGUCGUGGGUGUGCAAUAUUUUUGAGACAUAAAGCUGCAACUGUCGAGCAAAAAGCAUUCGCGAAAAACCUCAGAAGCAAUCAAGGCGAAGAACAACGAAUUUUUCUUGAAAAACUGAAGCUGAAAGUAUUCAUCAGCUUAGUCCCGCAUUUUCCAACACCUCGUCAGUUUCAUUAAAGUCGUCACCAUUGCUCCUCAACCAGUAAGCAGUACAAUGAAUGGUCAAAGCUACGAGCUAAACCAUACGAACGGUGAUAUCAUAUCACAGAAUCAGCAGAAGGGCUGGUGGACCAUUGGUCUGAUUAAUGGCGCACACAGGUAUAUGACGGCCGAAACUUUCGGCUUCAAGUUGAAUGCGAAUGGCGCCAGCCUCAAGAAGAAACAACUGUGGACAUUGGAGCCAUCGAAUACCGGCGAAAGUAUUAUAUAUUUACGAUCUCAUCUAAACAAAUAUCUCUCGGUCGACACGUUCGGCAAUGUGCUCUGCGAGAGCGAUGAACGCGAUGCUGGCAGCCGCUUCCAGAUAAGCAUCAGCGAGGAUGGCACCGGACGUUGGGCGUUGAAGAAUGAAUCGCGCGGUUACUUCCUUGGCGGCACACCCGACAAACUCGUCUGCACCGCAAAAACGCCCAGCUCCAGCGAGUUCUGGACCGUGCACCUGGCCGCCAGGCCACAAGUGAAUUUGCGCUCAAUCGGCCGCAAGCGUUUCGCGCAUCUAUCCGAAUCACAAGACGAGAUACAUGUCGAUGCGAAUAUACCAUGGGGCGAGGAUACGCUCUUCACAUUGGAGUUCCGCGCCGAGGAGGGCGGACGUUAUGCUUUGCAUACAUGCAACAACAAGUAUUUAAAUGCUAACGGCAAACUGCAGACCGUUUGCAAUGAGGAUUGUCUCUUCAGCGCUGAAUACCAUGGCGGACACUUGGCGUUGCGUGACAAGCAAAGCCAGUAUCUAUCGCCAAUUGGCUCGAAAGCUGUGCUGAAAUCACGUUCCUCGACGGUGACACGUGAUGAGCUCUUCUCAUUAGAGGACUCCUUGCCGCAAGCCUCAUUCAUCGCCGAGUUGAAUUCGCGUUAUGUGUCGGUGAAGCAGGGCGUCGAUGUGACCGCCAAUCAGGAUGAGGUGGGUGAGAACGAGACAUUCCAGCUGGAGUUUGACUGGUCCGCCCAUCGUUGGGCGUUGCGCACCACACAGGACCGCUACUGGUGUCUGACCGCUGGCGGUGGCAUACAAGCCACCGGCAAUCGUCGCUGUGCCGAUGCGCUCUUCGAGCUGGUCUGGCAUGGUGACGGUUCGCUGUCCUUCCGCGCGAAUAAUGGCAAGUUUUUGGCCACCAAACGUUCCGGACACUUAUUCGCCACAUCCGAGAGCAUUGAGGAGAUCACGAAAUUCUACUUCUAUUUGAUAAAUAGACCCAUACUUGUACUUAAAUGUGAGCAGGGCUUUGUCGGCUACCGCACGCCCGGCAAUCUCAAGUUGGAAUGCAACAAGGCCACCUACGAGACGAUUUUGGUGGAGCGCGCCCAGAAGGGUCUGGUGCACUUGAAGGCACACAGCGGCAAAUACUGGCGCAUCGACGGCGAAGGUAUCUCCGUGGAUGCGGAUGCGCCCGCCGAUGGCUUCUACUUGGAGCUGCGCGAGCCGACCCGAAUCUGCAUAAGAUCGCAAACUGGCAAAUAUUUGGGCGCUACGAAAAAUGGCGCGUUCAAGCUGCUCGACGAUGGCACCGACUCGGCCACACAGUGGGAAUUCUAAGCGACUUCAAGGCGCUGCAAUGGGCUGGGCGAUUGCUUAAUUGAUAAAUAACACACUUUGUAUGCAAUUCAGUAGCAGGCAGGCAUGCAAAAGCGGAAGCAAGUAAAGUGAAGUAAACAAAGAAAAAUUGUUUGCCAAUAAGGAUCGUGAAAAAAACCUAGCGUUCACACACACACACAUAAACAUACAUAUGCAUACAUUUAAGUAAA